AUGCAUUGGUCAAAAGCACAAACUAAAGGAGAUAUUGCUUUUGAAGGCAUUAGAUCACAUACAGCAACAGUAGUAGGUCACAAGAUAUAUGUAUUUGGUGGGUCUGAUAUUCAAGAUAGAUUCAAUGAUUUAUUAAUUUUGGAUACAAGUAGUAGGGUUUAUGUUAACCAUUCAUUCAUUCAUUCAUUCAUUCACUCAUCCAUUCAUUCAUUCAUAUAUUUUUUAGAAACAAUGUUUUGGCAUAAGCCAAAGACAACAGGCGCAGAGGGUUGUAUUCCUAAUCCUCACAGAGCACACUCUUCAACAUUAGUAGAUCAUAGAUUAUUCAUAUUUGGUGGCGGUGAUGGUCCAAAUUAUUUUAAAGAUCUUUAUAUUUUAGAUACAAAUACAUUAACAUGGACAAAACCAACAACAUUAGGUAAUGGACCAGGACCAAGAAGGGCACAUACAGCAAAUUUAAUUGGUAAAUUAAUAUAUAUUUUUGGAGGUGGUGAUGGUAAUAAAGCAUUGAAUGAAGUUUAUGUAUUGGAUACAGAAACAUUGACAUGGACUUAUAUAAAAACAACUGGUGCUAUACCAGGUAGUAGAGGUUAUCACUCUAGUGUAUUAUUAUCUAAUGGUAGAAUAGGUAUUUUUGGUGGUUCAGAUGGAAAUGAUUGUUUUUCAGAUUUUUAUGUUUUUGAUACAAAUAAUUCAUCUUGGAGUUUAUUCCCAGUUUCAAAUCCAUCACCAUUAUUAUCACAAUCAUGCGUUACAAUUGGAAAAACAAUUGUUGUAUUUGGAGGUCAUAAUGCAAAUGAUUAUAUAAAUUCAUUAAAGUUUUUUAAUCUUGACAAAUUUCAAUGGGAAGAACAAACAUGUUCUGGUAUAUUACCUCUAAGUAGAGGUUAUCAUUGUUGUUGUUUUGUAGAUCAUAGAUUAUUUGUUAUUGGUGGUUACGAUGGCUCUCAAUGUUUUUCUGACGUUCAAAUUUUAGAUUUAGGUGUUUUAUCUUAUUUAGAGUUACAUCAAAAUAAAUAA